AUGGCUGUGAUUGAUAAACAUGCCCCACUUAAAAAGAAACGUAUAGGGAAACGAAAGUCUCCCUGGAUUACUUCACAUGUAGUUCAGAAAAUUCGCGAAAGAGAUUAUCUAAAAAGGCAAUUCGAUAUUACACGUGACGAUGAAAUUUGGUUACAAUAUAAGAAAGCUCGAAAUGAAACUAACAACACUAUUAGGCAGGCUAAACAUAACUACUUUAUCACUAAUAUUGAGGCUGCACGAAAAGAUCCAAGGAAAACUUGGAGACUAGUCAACGAUCUGAACUCUCGUAAAGUGAGUUUUACUCCUAUCUGACAAGUAACAACUUACUGUCGAACUAUCAGUCAGGGUUUCGAGCAUCAUAUAGUACCGUUACAGCUUUAUUAGAGUCGACUAAUAACUGGUGCGUAAAUAUUGAUAAGGGCAAACUUAACGGAGUGAUCUUUAUUGACCUCAAGAAAGCUUUCGAUACAAUUGAUCACGAAAUUCUUAUACGUAAACUCAAGUGUUAUGGUGUGGAUGACAAUGCGCUAUCGUGGUUUAAUUCCUAUUUAGGCAAUCGAAAACAGAAAUGCUACGUAAAUGGCAAACUCUCUGGUAGUCGUUCUAUCUCCCAUGGAGUUCCGCAAGGCUCUAUUAUAGGCCCACUUCUGUUUUUGAUCUAUAUCAAUGACUUGCCUAACUGCUUGAACGAGGGUUUACCUAGAAUGUAUGCUGAUGACACGACAUCAGCAUGCAAAGUAAUAAUCUUUCUGAGCUAG